GGGAGUGAGGGAGGGAGUGGCAUAUAUAUCAUCAAGUGCCUCGUCUGUGUAUAUAUGAGCUUUGGAUUUGCACAACCCCCAAGCUUAAUUUCCGAAAGCUGAUCAGUUAUAGCUACUCCAUCGCCCGGAUCUAAUUGGAACUAAGCGAGCUAUAGCUACCCCCCACGCGCCCCAGCAGCUCCUGCAGAGAUCGAAGGAGAUCGAUGGGAAGGGGAAAGAUAGAGAUAAAAAGAAUAGAGAACACAACAAACAGGCAGGUAACAUUCUGCAAGAGGAGGAAUGGGCUGUUGAAGAAAGCUUAUGAACUGUCAGUGUUGUGUGAUGCUGAAUUAGCCCUCAUCGUCUUCUCCAGCCGUGGCCGUGUCUACGAGUUUGCUAACCCCAACAUAAAUUCAACUAUAGAAAGAUACAAGAAGGCAACUUCAGAGAACUCGUCGGCUCCAGAGAUCAAUGCUCAUUACUAUCGACAAGAAUCAGCAAAGCUGCACCAACAAAUACAAAUGCUGGAGAAUCAUAACAGGCAUUUGACGGGUGAUUGCUUGGAUUCCCUAACCCCAAAGGAGCUAAAGCAAUUGGAGAAUAGACUUGAAAGAGGCAUCACAAGAAUCCGAUCAAAGAAGCAUGAAAUGUUGCUGGCUGAAGUUGAAUGUUUUCAAAAAAGGGAAGUAGAACUAGAGAAGGAAAACGCGUUCCUUCGAAAUAAGAUUGCAGAAGUUGAGAGGUUUCAGCAAUUAAGCAUAGCGGCUGGGCAAGGGUUGAAUGCAAUUCAGGCCUAUGAAUCUCGCAAUUUCUUUCACCCAAAUAUUCUGGAGGAUGGACCUGGCUACUCACUUCCAGACAAGAAGAAACUUCAUCUUGGGUAGGUCAAUGGAGAGCACUGCUAGCUUGAAGCAUAUAGUAUUUAUACUAUCUCUGCGUGACAUAUAAAAUAAAAGUAUCUUUUGCUGCUACUCUUCAGACAAUAUUGAUGCAUUAACGUCACAGGCAAUGGCAUGCCUGGAUGUAUUUAUAUGACUUGGUUUUCUGCACCAUAUAAUUAUAUGAAAUUAAAACAAGAACUAUAUACAUAGAUAUUCAACAACAGUGAAUAUGAUAUUUCAUAGUUGGAACUCCUUCCUUGCAGGUGGGGAGCUA